ACAUCUUCCAUUUGCUGAACAUGCGACCCCCCAAUAAAAAACGAAAAAUUUCCGCUCGUGAUGGACCCACACGAUGUCUUCCCACUUCCUACGCCUUUGACAACGAGAAGUCUGAUGAACGACAACAUUCCUCUUGGGAAAAUCUUCCCGCCAAUGUUUUGAGGGAAAUUUACCAGAGUUUGGCCGAUGUGGACAGAGCUUCCAUGGCUCGCGUAAUGAAUGUUUUAUAUUAAUGUAACAGGGAUUUGCGAAUGUGGACAGAGCCUCCAUGGCUCGGGCAAUGUCUACCUUAUAUUAAUACACCAAUUGGGAAGUAGAUCUAUUGUCUUUUUGGUCGGGUUUGGGAUAUGAGAUACUGUGUAAUAUUUCGUUUCUUUUUUUUUUAACAAUUCAAUAAAAGAUGCAAUGGAGUAUAAUUGCUGGUAGCAAUGGAGUACCAUUGCUGGUAAUGUGUGGAGUACCAUUGCUGGUAAUGUGUGGAGUACCAUUGCUGGUAAUGUGUACAGAUGUUUAGAUGAAAUCUGGGUAAGGGGAUGGAUUGUUGAAAAAAAAGAACAGAUAUGAGAUAGAUGAAGAAAUGGAUGGAUGAGUGGAUCAACUUGCUAAUGGAUAAGUGGAUGCAUGGGAGGUGUGGGUUAGCUGAUUGGCUUUGGAAUGUAUAGAUAAAUCAGUGUUUGUUUGUUUGUUUUUUUGGUAAGAAUAUUGAUGUUAAUGGUGUUUCGGUUUAACAUGCCUCUACAAAAAAAAAUAUUAGUAAUAUUUAUGACUAACUGAAUUGACAGUUUAUUGUUUUAGAUAUUAAAUCGUGUACAUGCUUCAUGCUGAUUCAAAACAAAAAAAAAAAUCAAAACACAAUACACAAGUAUUUUUUUGGCUUGACAUUUUUGAUUUUAUUCUUAAAGGUGGGGAGGGAGAUGUUCAUUAUUUUAAGAACUGUUACAAUCUAACUUCCCCAAAACUAAAAAAAAGAUUAAAACUCUAAUUAAAAAUCAUUAGUAUACUCUUUCAAAUUGAUUAUUGGUGUGAUACUGAUAAUUUGACGAUAAAGUUGCUCUCAAUGGACAUUACCUUUACUAAAAUAUACUAAAAACCCACACUAAACCAUUGCUACCACUUAGCAACACUCUUGCGUGUAGCCACGCAAUUAAAUUUAAACGUUUCUUUCUUUGUCAAGGUGUGCAAACCCUGGCGCGAAGGCUUCCGAGACCCUAGUCUGUGGAGGACCAGAACUAUUAUGUUUUGUCGUCGCAAAGACGAACAACAGAUGAAGGUUGGCGAUGAAUUAAAAAUGACAUCCGGUACAGUAACAUAGCUGAUGAAGAUUUGUAGAACUAAAACAAACCAAAAAAAAAAAAUUAAAAAUAUUUGUAUGACAAAUAUCGUAACGUAAAAUUUCAAGAUACUGGUACAUUAAACAUAGAAGUCAAACUAGCAUACUAUUACAUACUAUUACAUACUAUUACAGUUGGUUUUUUUUUUUUUACUAUAGUUGCAAUAUUUCAAGUAUAGAAAUUUAGAAGGAGUAGUAUUAAUGUGUUAUUUAUUGCACCAAGUCGAGGUAAUAUAUACAAUGGACAUACCAUUGUUCUUUUCUUCAGUCCCCCCCAUGCUUUACGGUCUAUAAUAACUGGUAGUUCCCUUAUUCUUUAAAAUGCGUUUUUUUUUGUAUUCCCCACUAGGAAGGAAUGCAAUAAAACUUGUCAAACAGUUCCCAAGAUACCUUAAAGAAUUGAACAUUACGUUCUUGCACGUGCCUUGGCGUACAUCCAAGGAAAUCAUCAAUGAGUUCCAAAAGUUUUCUAAACUUUUGGAUGAUGCAAAU